AUGGUAGACAAAUCCCAACAGACUGAAGUGUCAGAGAUAAAGAAGUACUUGCCUACACCACAAUCAGGUGGCCCCAAAGCUAACCUUAAUAUUAGUAAUAUUCCUGAAAGCAAAGUCAACUAUGAGUCUCUUAGAUUAUCUUCUCAGCUUCAGCAAACUUGGACAAAGAGAAAGCGUGUGCAAGAUAAGGCUGAUAAAUCCAUGCAGACAGACUUUACUACUGAAGAGAAAAAGAAAACCAAGCCAGGUGAUGCAACAGUGGUACCUAAAGAAAAGCCAGCUGCUGUUGUUGAAGCAGCUUCUGAAUUUCCAGAGAGUGUUCAUGAAGUAGAACUUCCACCAAGCAAACACUCAGGUCAACUAAAAUUAGAAAGAUCUGAGCAAACCAGUCAUACUGGAGACACAGACAAAGAACAGAAGAGCUCAGGUGAAUCAAAAAUAGUUGGCAGGCCAAGUGGUUCUUUUUCAAAGUCAAAGGAUGUGGUGCAGAAACGUAAAUCUUCAGAGAAGAUUUUGAUUACUGAGCAUCUUGCAUUUCAACCUGAAACAAGUAGCAAUGAGGAAACUAGGAAGAAAAGUAUCACUAGAUCUUCAUUUAGUCAACAAAUAAAAGAAGAUAGGCCAGUACGUUUAGAUGAGCAUGACUUUGCAGUUGAAGUACAGCCUCCCAUGGUAGAAAAGAUCUCUGCCAAAGUACAAUCUCCACCAACUGAGAAGACUACUGCAGAAGAGAGCCCUGGUGAAUUUAAACCUCCACCAGCUGAGGAGGCUUCUGCAGAAGAGGCCCCUGCUAAGGUAGAGCCUAUCCCUGUUGAAAAGUCUAUUUCAGAAGAACCUCCCUCUGAAGUCCAGCCUUCAAUAGUUGAAGAGGCCCCAGGUGAAAUUGAGCCUUCCCCAGUUGAAGAAGCUCCAACAGAGGAGGCCCCUGUUGAAAUUCAGUCUUCACCAGCUGAGGAAAUCACUGUAGAAGUCCCUGCUAAACUAGUAUCUAGUCCUGCUGAAGAGGUUCUUUUAGAAGAGCCUUCUGCUGAUUUUAAGCCUCCAUUAACUAAAGAGUUUUCUAUACAGGAGGCCACAGGAUUUCAAUCUCCACCACCUGUAAAGGCCCCUGCCGAAAAGGUUCCAGCUGAACUUCAGCUUCCAUCAGGUGAGGAGGCUCCUACAGAGCAGACCACUGCAGGAGAGGCUCCUGUCAAAGCUGAGUCUCCACCAGCUGAGGAAGCCUCUGCAGAAAAGGCCCCAGUUGAAGUUCAAGCUCCACCAGUUGAGGAGGCCCCUGCAGAAGAGGCCCCAGUGAAAGUUCAGUCUCCACCAGCAGAGAAGGCCCCUGGAGAAGAGGCUACACCUGAACUUCAAGCUCCACCAGCUGAGGAGCCUCCUGCAGAAGAGGCUACCCCUGAACUUCAAGCUCCGCCAGCUGAGGAGGCCCCUGCAGAAGAGGCCCCAGUGAAAGUUCAGUCUCCACCAGCAGAGAAGGCCCUGGAAGAAGAGGCUACACCUGAACUUCAAGCUCCGCCAGCUAAGGAGCCUCCUGCAGAAGAGGCUACACCUGAACUUCAAGCUCCGCCAGCUGAGGCGGCCCCUGGAGAAGAGGCUACACCUGAACUUCAAGCUCCACCAGCUGAGGAGGCACCUGCAGAAGAGGCUACACCUGAACUUCAAGCUCCGCCAGCUGAGGAGGCACCUGCAGAAGAGGCUACACCUGAACUUCAAGCUCCGCCAGCUGAGGCGGCCCCUGCAGAAGAGGCCCCAGUGAAAGUUCAGUCUCCACCGGCAGAGAAGGCCCUGGAAGAAGAGGCUACACCUGAACUUCAAGCUCCACCAGAUGAGGAGGGCCCUGGAGAAGAGGCUACACCUGAACUUCAAGCUCCACCAGCUGAGGAGGGCCCUGGAGAAGAGGCUACACCUGAACUUCAAGCUCUGCCAGCUGAUGAGGCACCUGUAGAAGAGGCUACACCUGAACUUCAAGCUCCGCCAGCUGAGGAGGCCCCUGGAGAAGAGGCUACACCUGAACUUCAAGCUCCACCAGCUGAGGAGGGCCCUGGAGAAGAGGCUACACCUGAACUUCAAGCUCCACCAGCUGAGGAGGGCCCUGGAGAAGAGGCUACACCUGAACUUCAAGCUCUGCCAGCUGAGGAGGCACCUGUAGAAGAGGCUACACCUGAACUUCAAGCUCUGCCAGCUGAGGAGGCACCUGUAGAAGAGGCCCCAGUUGAAGUUAAAGCUCCAGCAGCUGAGGAGGUCCUGGAAGAAGAGGCUACACCUGAACUUCAAGCUCCGCCAGCUGAGGCGGCCCCUGCAGAAGAGGCCCCAGUGAAAGUUCAGUCUCCACCGGCAGAGAAGGCCCUGGAAGAAGAGGCUACAUCUGAACUUCAAGCUCCGCCAGCUGAGGAGCCUCCUGCAGAAGAGGCUACACCUGAACUUCAAGCUCUGCCAGCUGAGGAUGCACCUGUAGAAGAGGCUCUAG